UAUUAAAGAUCAGAAGACCAACGUAGUGCGCAUGCGCGAAAGAAGCGUAGGCUGAACAGGAAGUGAAAAUGGACGGGUCCACGAAAAUGUACACGUCCGCGGCUAUUUCUUAUCACAGCGCUGGAGACUUUUAUCCACGAAAGUUCGGACCCAAGCCAGACGUGGUUCCGCGUGGAGUAAUGGACAAGGAAGCGGGCACAGCGGGCAAACCGGACAUGGUGUCUGUGGACGUGAUUAACAUCAACGAUUCAGACAUCCCUUUGCACAGGAAGAAGCACGAAUGUGACACAUACGUCUUGGGAACCAUCCAUCCUUUCAGGAAGACGCACAGAUCCAUUUUUGGAAAACUUCUACAGGAAUUCCGACUGGUUUCCUCAGACAGACGGUCCUGGAGGAUUCUGCUGUUCGGAUCAUUAAACCUGCUCUGUACAGGCUGUCUGCUGAUGUGGUGCAGCUCCACCAACAGCAUGGCUUUAACAGCGUACACGUACCUGACCAUCUUCCACCUCUUCAGUCUGAUCACAUGUCUAAUCAGCUCGUGGGUCCACAUGAAGAAACCAAGUCAGAUGUACACUUUUGGGUUUGAGAGACUGGAGGUUGUGGCUGUUUUUGCCUCCACUGUCCUGGUCCAGCUGGGAGCCUUGUUCAUCCUGAAGGAGAGCGUGGAACGCUUUGUGGAGCAGCCUGAGGUGCACACUGGUCGCCUGUUGGUCGGAACCUUUGUGGCUUUCUUCUUCAACCUCCUGACACUGCUGUCGGUCAGGAACAAACCGUUUUCUUACGUCUCUGAAGCUGCGAGCAGUAGUUGGCUUCAAGAACAUGUGGCCGAUCUCAGUCGCAGUGUGUGUGGCAUUGUUCCAGGUCUCAGCAGUGUCCUCCUUCCUCGGAUGAACCCAUUUGUUCUAAUCAACGUGGCUGGAGCGAUGUCACUGUGCAUCACCUACAUGCUCAUUGAGAUGAAUAAUUAUAAUGGUGUGGACACAGCGUCUGCAGUCGCCAUCGCUCUCAUGAUUUUUGGCACUAUGUAUCCCAUGAGUGUUUACAGCGGCAAAGUUUUGCUGCAGACAACACCCUCCCACGUGAUUGGUCAGCUAGAUAAGUUGCUCAGAGAGGUGUCGACUCUGGAAGGAGUGUUAGAGGUCCGCAAUGAACAUUUCUGGACAGUCGGCUUUGGGUCUCUGGCUGGCUCCGCCCAUGUUCGCAUUCGUCGUGAUGCUAACGAACAGUUGGUCCUGGCUCAUGUCACAAACCGCCUGCUGCCCCUCGUGUCCACACUGACGGUUCAGAUCUUUAAAGACGAUUGGACCCGUCCGCUCCUCACUGGGUCCCUCCAAUCGUCCCCUAACCCUCAUAUGGGCGUGUCUGAAGGUUUUGCGCCACCGCCUCUUCUGCCUAUGCCAUCAGGAGCAGAGCCUGACCCGUUGACAUCCACGCCGUCCAAGCCCAGCAGCCCUCCUCCGGAGUUCUCCUUUAACACUCCAGGACGGAACCUUCAGUCCGUGAUCAUUCCCUCUGUCGGACACAACCACCACAGACCGUACACAGGUAACUCCUGACAAAAGGGGCAGUAUUGAGUGGCUGAUUGUCUUUGAGCUUUUACUUCAGACUUGAUGUGAUUCUUAUCAAAUACCCAGACCAAACCAACAACAGGUAAUAACUGCCUACAGCACUAACAUGAAGAGUCAAUUUAUAGGUCGCAAAACAUCACAACAACAACGUCACAUCACAAUUUUUUUUUAAACAGUCUGUGGAGAUGAAAAUGUCAGAAUAACUUUGUCUGUAGUAAAUAUAAACUCUGAUUCUAAGGAUUCUAAGGCAACUCCAACCAAAGCAGUCACAAAAAGAGAAGGAAACACUUUACCCACAAUGCACCUCUUUCUCUUUAACUGCUUCACUACACAGAGCAGCCGACGGGGUCAGUCAAGGAUAGUGUCUCAGUGUUUGUGUGCCUGCGUGUCUGUAUGAGAGAGAAACAUUCAUGAAGUGCGACAGUUGGGGUCAGUAGGUCACUGUCACUGGGCACCAAACACACGGAUUCACACCGUAGAACACACAGUGGCAGGUGACAGGAAGUGAAGAGGUGGCUCGAACUGGACGGGAACAUGUUUUAAGAAGAAUCAACCUCUCAGUAAAAGUGACUUUCUUCUCACACACCAAAGAGGUAGAGGAAGAUGGAGUCUAAGGUCCACUGCUGUUUUAUUUGUUUACUGGUUUUUGUCAAAAAAUGUCAGUUUAUUUGGUCAUAGCUAGACAACCAAACCAUGGUUUCUGUAGUAUUAGCUUUCUCUCCUUCAUAUUUUUAUGCUAUAAAAGAUAUUCAAUUGAGACAAACUCAGCUGUAAAAUGCUGCUGUGGAAGGAUCCAACAGGGGGCGGCAGAGGCCUACUGUGAAUGAUCAAUAAUCAGAGGCCAAAAAUAGAAGUAUUUUAAUCCAGAUUUAAUCAGUAAAAAACGGAUUUCUUCAUUUCUCUCUCUAUAUUUUUUUUGAAGGUAUUUUAACUUGUACUACUAUUGCUCCUUAGGUGACGACUCUCUAUCACAAAAGUGUUUCAAUCUCAAUGGACUUUUUUGGGAAAACAAAGGAUAAAUACAUUUUUUUUUUAAAUAAUUAAUUUUUAAAAAAUUAAAUUAAUUCACGACAGCUGACUUUUUACAUCCAUUUAUCAACAUUCACUCAUUGUGGGGCCAUUGUGCAUGUCCUCACUGAAUGAGAUAGAUCUAUUUGUAAUAGUUAGAGAAAGAGGCUCAGAAAUGUAUCAUGCCUGCAAAACACAAAAACCUGUUUAUGUGUGUUCUUCCUCUCCUCUGAUUGUCAUUGUUUCCAGAUGUUUGUUCUUCACUAACUGACUCAUCUUUUCUAACUCUCCCACACCAAAGUCCAUUCAGAAAGUCGGUCGUUGUGUGCAGCCAGUGCAGGAAUCCAGCCUCUAAACCUCAAACUGAUUCCAACAGCAGGGGACGCUGACGGCUCGAGUCAGCUAACUUAUCGGCCCGUGUUAAACAACAAGAUGUAACCUGAACCUGGCCCUCUCCUCUUCUGGUCUUUUCAUCCCUCCUUCAUCCAUCUAUCCUCACAUUCUGAUCCUGAACUCGGAGAAUCUGCAUCGAUCGGUUCUUUCUCAGAUUCCCUGCAGCAGAGAACACGGCGUUCUCUCAUCUGCUGCUUCUUUAGUUUCAUCAUUAGAGGAGUUUUAACCUUUGACUUUGCAGACCUUCAUAUCUCCUCCCUCAUUAUCAUCCUUCUCCCCCUCCUCCUCACUGCUGCUGUUGUGGCUGUGCUUAGAAAUAAUCCAGGACUCACUGCUGUCCAGAUUAUCAGUCUCGUCCACAACAGUCUACAGUUAGUUUUUUUUCUACAACAGACUUUAAUGUAAAUGGAGACACCUGAUAUGUUAUUAUUAUUGUUGUUGUUGUUAAUAAUAAUAAUUAUAAUAGUAUACUUUGACCAGAAGAUGACGGUGAAGCUGGAGACGACGCUGCUGCAUCUCCACUCUGUCUGUAAUCAAAACCAGGAGGAGAAAACCCUCAGACAUUGGUUAAAAACCACAGAAGCUUCAUGUUUCUUUUUUUUCUCCAUGUCUGAACAUGUUUAUGGAAAACACGCAGUAAAAUUCUGAUCAUCAGGAAAACCACAGAAAUUCCCAGAGGGAAAACACACGCUCAGAUUCCUCUCGUUCACUUGGAAACCUGCUUCCUGUUCUUGUUGACUGACCUCGUGUUCUCAUGUUUUGGUCCGUCAUUUUUUUGGAAAUCGAUAUUUUAUUAUGUUUGUGUUAAAAAUAAUCUUGUUCGUUUCACUCGACAACAGAGCAUUGUCGUCAUCUUGCUGAUACUCCGGGUCACGGUCAAAUGCAAUUUCCUGCUGCUCCCACUUGACAAAAAAACAAUAUUACUUUUUCAAAUGGACCAUUAAUUAUAAUUUGUUGUUAUGAUGAUGACAAUUUGAAUUUUUCAUUAGGAUUAUUGUUAUUAUUUUACCAAAUCAGCCUCUUUGUAAUUAGAAUUCAAUCUUACCAACAGGUACAGUUAUAUGUUAUAUAUCCCCCUACUUUACUGCAGCAGAUCUAAGACAACCUCAUUCUGUGUUUCAAGACUAACCAAAGGCAACUGUGUAAACGCUGUGCCUCUA